CGGUACAUUCUUCUGGGCGUGGAAGGUCUUCUCCAUCCAAACCUUUACAAAUGGGUCCCGUCGCCUAGCGUUUUCUUCCCAACGCCUCCGACUGGAUAUAACGGCGCUCUUAUUAACGUACAUCAGCACGAGCGGAGAAGGGUUUCCAUCUGUUUACCGAAGUUUGUAAAAUGGCAGCCAUCCCAGCUAGUGGUUCUCUUGUAGCCACUCACGACUACUACCGAAGGCGCAUCGGCUCUACAUCAAGUAGCAGCUCAUGUGGCAGUUCAGAGUAUAGUGGGGAGGUUAUUCCACAUCAUCCGGGUCUCCCCAAACAGGAUUCUGGUCAUUGGUGGUCCAGUUUCUUCUUUGGGAAACAGAACCAGCCUGGUAUGGGAACUCUUGCUGAAGAGGCUCAGCAGAAGUCAGGUGUGGUUAGCGUGACCAAUGGGCAGGUGACAUGUAUUGCCCGGGAGAUGGUGAUGAGACAGGCGAGUGAAAGUAGUGAUGGAGGCAAGUCGGAGGCAGGAAAUUCUCCCCGUUCCUAAAUCUGAGACCAGCUCAGGACCCGCAACGCUAGGGGACGGAAACGGCUCCCCGUUUUUUAUUUUUGUUUUUUUACGCUUCCCAUCCAUAUAAUGAGCUGUUUUAGUACUUUGUUUUGUUUUUGUAUUCAUCGUUUUAUAUAUGACAAAAAGGAAAAGCUUUUGUACAUUUUUACACAUCUGUAACACUGGUGCAGUUAAAUGUUUUUGUUACUUGUUGCCAUUGUAUUAUCCUGUGUUUUUAGCACAAUAAAUGGUCUUAAACAGCG